UAUGUUAUCUGACAUUUAGGGCCUACUGUUAUUUAUCAUCUGUAUAGUUAUUUGGCAUGUUGGAAAGUCCACAACUGCUGGAGUCAAGUUCCUUGUCUGUAAGAAUGCUGGUUCAAUAAACCUCAUCUGAUUUGUCCAUCUAAUUUGUCCAGUUAUGAGAGAACUCUUGGGAUUCGGAACGAAUCAACCCCCAUGAAGCCAAACCGGAAUGAAGUGCCAACUAUUGCGAUAUUGGCCAGUAUUUCCAGUGGGAUAGAUAGACAAGUCAUCACAUGGAAAAUAGUUUUGUCAUUGUUUGUUUGACUACGAGUUUCUUAUAAAACUUUCAUCUACCUGUACCUCAUAGUGUGUUAUGAUUAUUGUUUUCAGAGAUGAACAUCUAUGCGCAAUUGCAGAGGCACCGGAAAUUGAAACUCUUGACAACAGCCUGCAUGACAUGAGCAUUGGAGAAGAGGAGCUGAAUGAAAAUGCCUUCAAUGAUCACAUGAAGAGUGUGAUUGAUUGGGCAGAAGAGGGGCCCACAUUUCACAGGGACCCGGACGACAGCUCUGAUGAGGAAUAUCUUCCACCAAUUUCUUUGAGAAUGUCUGGUGCACUGAAGGGAGCGCAGGUGAUAGAUAAUCUGCCAACCAUCGGGAUCGAUGAGACUGUGCACGACCUGCCUGCCCCUGAAGUCCUUUCUGAUGAGCCAUUGACUCUCAAGCAGCCAAUUUUGCCAGGCCCUCAGAAGGUCCUUAGUGACGAUGAUAUCGUUGGCGUCAGAGCAGCAGUCAUGUAUGAGAACAGCUUGAGGCAGCUUGUCACAUUUUUAACUCUGCCAGUGGACACAUGCACUGGUGUCUUGAGGAACGGUUCGGUGUGUGAGAGUGUUGCUCCCUUUCCAACAGUCAUCGCCACCAGGGGCACUGCAAUGAGCGUCGAAUGGAUCUGCCCUAAUGGACAUUGCCUAUGGCGGUGGAACUCCCAGCCUGUGUUGAAGUUUGGCAUGCAGGCCGGGGACUUUCUACUUUCCUCAAACAUCUUGCUGUCUGGAAACAACUAUGCUAAAGUUGCUCUCCUCCUCAAGUUCAUGAACAUCCGAAUGGUUAACCCGACCACCCACUACACAAUCCAGGACACACAGUGA